CGACGACUAGACACUCCUAUUUCUCAUAUUCCAAUAGCAUCAUCAUCCGCUACUAUUGUGAAUCUAUUAUCUACAUCUCCGUUAUCGUUACCUGCUAAUGUUUCAAUACCAUGUCAAGCGAAUCAAAAUAAUGGAAAUCAAGAUCAUAAUAAUGAAAACAUUAUAAGUGAAGAAACAGAUGAAGAAGAAAGUAAUGAGGGCAACCAAAACAGUUAUAUAAUGUCUGAUGAAUUGUUUAAUGAAGAUCAACUCGAAGUAUUAGAAGAUAAAGAGAAAGAUGAUGAAGACAGUCAAGACAGUCAUAUAAUAUAUGACGAACUAUUUAAUGAGGAUCAACUCGAAGUAUUGGAAGAUGAAGAAGAUGAUGAUGAAG